AUGUACACGCUUUUUCAGAAAGCCGCCGAUCUUGCAACACUGCGAUCUGUUCACCGCUCACGUCUCGAAACCCGUAUUCAUACAAGUCGCAACGUCCGGGAAGCGCAGACACUCGCUGAUGAUCUGAUACGGCAGACGCCGACAUCCGCCAAAGGCUAUCUUUUAUCCGGCCAGCUUUAUCAACAGCAAAGCAAAUGGCGCGCCGCAUCCGCCGUAUACAGUGCAGGUCUACGGCUCGUUUACCCAAAGACACAUCACGGUUAUGACUCACUCAAGCGCGAGAAACAACGAGUCAUGGCCAUCAUUGCUGAGAAACACAACCGACAAACGCCGCCGCUAUUGCCCUACGAUAUCCUUGGCAUUAUCUUUGACACGCUCUCACUUUCUGAUCUGCUCCAAUGCGCCAAUGUUUGUGAGUCCUGGUUCUAUGCUAUUGUUGAUUGGCCCGAUUUCUGGAAACGAACAAUGGUGAUAGAAGAUCAUCAUUCUUCAGAGUUGCGUAUUGUGCGAAAACAGGCACGCGACAUACAAGGUCUGUUGACCGUUCUAUUGCAUUCUGAAUGUCAAAUAGUUAACUCGUUACAUUUCGAGAGUGUGACACUGCAAAACACAACAACUAUCGUGCCGUUACUUGCACGUGUCAUUCAAUCCAUUAGUCCACCGCUAAUGCAGCUCUCGUUUCUGGAUGUCGAUUUUUCCAAAGAAGUGCUCGGCCUGGUACUUGAUGCAUGCGUCAACAUAACGUAUUUUUCCUAUGUCAGCACCAAGCUCACAUCGCACAUCAUCGCUGACGACGACGAUAUUGAGAACGAAGACGACGACGACCAGCCACCGCUUAAAAAGCUUGUCAGGACAUCGCUACCCACAAUGAUGCGACGCCGAGAGAUACGGACGUUCCAUCCAACCACCACUUUUCGCAUGAUGACUUCACUGAAAUUUUGCGGCAUGAACGACACAGCCUUACUUGCCGAGCUAUUACAGAAAUGUCCCAAUCUGGGAUCACUCUACCUUGACUCACGGGACAAAAUCAAUCACGGACAGCUGUUGCAUGUGACAAGCCAUGUUUGUCAUCACCUUCGAAUCUGCUGUAUAUCCAAAGGUGCCCAAUUUACCUCUAUACGUGCCAGUCGUAGUAGCACUGGUCUCGUUAUCCAGGAUGGACACGUGCUUGCACAACUAAACGACGUCUGCCAGUUUUUGAAAAAGCUUGUUCAUCAUCACCACCAGCCUGUGGAACUACUAUCGGUAGACUAUGACUUGCGCAUCUUUACGCCACGACUGUUCCUGAAUCGUCAUAUCUGUCACUUACGGCAGCUUGAGCUGUGCUGCAAAUCAUUGUUUCGAAAUACGAUGAUGCCGACCAAAAAUGAGCCAGCUUUUGAAUCGUCGUUUUGCGCCUUAUUGAUGCGGUGUCCAGCUCUGCAGGUGCUCAUCAUCCACGAUCCAUUCGAGGUGACAGCAGCUUAUAAUUAUAAGCUGCUUGCUCCAUAUAGUGCCAAUGUUACUGAUACGGUACUGACAACGUUGGCUAGCUCGUGUACACAACUUGAGCAUUUGACUGUGGGAGGGCCGUGUCAUGAAUACACAGCGCAAGGCUUCGACCGCUACGCUAGCAGUGACGGAUCCAACCGUUUGAAAUAUCUUGAAGUUUCCCUUGAUCCAGACAUCCACAACGUACCCCAGCUAAUUGUCAAGCUCCCUCUCCUUACCACUCUCCAUUGCAACCUUGGGCUCACGCGAUUUGUUGUUGAGCCCUUACUACAACAGCGCGGUGGAUCGUUAAUCGAGGAUCGAUUUUUUCCAUGGUAG